AUGCCUUCAGACGAUAGUAUAGUUCCAAUAGAUCUGUACCACCCAGUAUUAACUACAAAUUACAUGAUAAAUAUUUCUCCUGUACAUAUUUGCCCUAAUUCUUGGUUUUAUGAUUUCAAAAAAGCAAAUUAUGACCAAUUGAAUCUUAUUAUUGCUGGUUACAAUAAUUGGUCUAAUAUGUAUAAACUAAGUGAUAUAAAUGAUGCAGUUAAUAUUUUUAAUAUAGUAGUGUUAGACGCAAUUGAUCAAACCGUUCCUAAAAAAUUAAUUCGUAGUCGUAUGUUCCCAAAAUGGUUUUCCAAAGAGCUCUGUGUGCUUAUUAAACGGAAAAACUCCAGCAUCAAUUAUUUAAGUCAUCCGGUAAUAAUGCUGACUAUGAAGCUUUUUCUGCAUUAA